AAUUUUGAGAGAUAUUGUUUUACCAAACGAAAAUAAAUCUGCACGCGAAUUUUGCUGCAACGAAAUGAAGCUUCAUUGUCUUCUCUAAGGAUCCCUUAGAGGACUAUUUCUUAGCAUUUGGAGUUGCAUGCAGACCUACAUGAGCCAUUUUCUACUGGUUUGUGGUCUCCCAUGUCUGAGGAAGCUUCAAUGGGAUACUGGAAAGAUGUAGUCGGCAGGUGGUCCGAGCGAUACAAGCGGCGGAAAACUUCGGCGGCAGUCUCGCCGGCUGUGGCAGCGGAGGACUUUUCCUCACUUAGUUCUCCAAAUCAGAACGAAUUCAACUUCACCAAUCACAUAAACAGAUUAUGCUCAGAGAAGAAAGAAACAGAACAAAAAGCUGCAACAGAAUGGUUGAGGAAGAAGGAGAAGAAGGAGAAGGUAGCUUAUCCUUUUGCUGUGCUGAAGCCGACGGAGGUUGAAGGUAAGUUAACGCUUGCAGAGAUAAAUGAGCGGAUUCUCAGGCGGCCGAGGAGGCCGGUGAGGCAUCCGGUGGGGGAGUUUGCUUGUUUGCCGUGGGUGGUGAAGGGCGGCGACGGGCCGGGGCUCUCCGGCAAAGCGGUGGUGGGGGUUACAAGGGUGUGCACUAAGGGGAAGGGUAGUAUUACUGUGAUAAGGACUAGGGGGUUGAAUUAAUUAGUUCUUAAUUUUGCUUUUUUUGAUGUUAAUUAAGCUUAUUUGUAUAGGUCGGACUUUAGGGUGAUUGUGAAUUUAUAUAUGUUAAUGUAA